AUGCCUAAGAACAGUAAAGUAGCAAAGAGAGAGUUGGACGAUGAUGUUGUGGAAUCAGUUAAAGAUUUGCUAUCCAAUGAAGAUUCAUGUGAAGAAAGUUUCAAAAAGAGUGAGUUAAUGGUCCAAGAUGAGAUAGACAAAGACCGAGACAUUGAAGAAGGCUCCGAUAUUGAAUGAGAGAGACCUGCAUGGAACAGCAAACUGCAGUAUAUUCUUGCACAAGUGGGAUUUUCAGUUGGUUUGGGAAAUGUGUGGAGAUUCCCAUACCUAUGCCAGAAAAAUGGAGGAGGUGCAUACCUGGUGCCAUAUUUAAUCCUCCUUCUGGUUAUUGGAAUUCCACUGUUUUUCUUGGAGCUGUCUGUAGGACAGAGAAUACGAAGAGGAAGUAUUGGUGUUUGGAAUUACAUUAGCCCAAAAAUGGGUGGAAUUGGAUUUGCAAGCUGUAUUGUGUGUUUGUUUGUGGCACUUUACUACAAUGUCAUCAUUGGAUGGAGUCUAUUUUAUUUUUCACAGUCCUUCCAGCAUCCGCUCCCCUGGGAUCAAUGCCCUUUGUCUAUUUUUCAUUUAGUUGUUGAGCCAGAGUGUGAGAAAAGUUCGGCAACUACUUAUUACUGGUACAGAGAAGCUUUAAAUAUAUCUAACUCAAUCACAGAAGGCGGAGGACUGAACUGGAAGAUGACUCUUUGUUUACUUGCUGCUUGGAUAUUUGUAUGCCUUGCAAUGAUUAAAGGCAUUCAGUCUUCUGGCAAGGUCAUGUACUUCAGCUCUCUUUUUCCAUAUGUGGUCCUUACCUGUUUCCUUGUUCGGGCUUUGCUUUUGAAUGGCUCCAUUGAUGGCAUCCGCCACAUGUUCACACCAAAGCUUGAAAUAAUGCUGGAGCCAAAGGUUUGGAGAGAAGCUGCGACACAGGUGUUUUUUGCUCUGGGACUUGGAUUUGGCGGGGGUCAUUGCCUUCUCCAGCUACAACAAGCGAGACAACAACUGUCAUUUUGAUGCUGUUCUGGUUUCAUUAAUCAACUUUUUUACUUCGGUUUUGGCAACAUUGGUUGUAUUUGCUGUACUAGGAUUUAAAGCAAACAUUAUGAAUGAGAGCUGCAUUACAGAAAAUGCUGGGAAGGUGGUCAGACUUUUGGAAGCUGGAAAUCUCAGCUGGGAUGUCAUACCUCACCAUGUCAAUUUCUCAAGAAUAACAGUGCAAGAUUACCAGCUAGUUUAUGACAUCAUAAAAAAGGUUAAGGAAGAAGAAUUCAGUGGCCUUGGAUUAGCUGCUUGUCAGAUAGAAGAUGAAUUAGACAAGUCUGUUCAAGGGACUGGUUUGGCUUUCAUUGCAUUUACUGAAGCAAUGACACAUUUUCCAGCAUCACCUUUUUGGUCAGUGAUGUUUUUCCUCAUGUUAGUAAACUUGGGUCUUGGUAGCAUGUUUGGAACAAUUGAAGGAAUUACAACUCCCCUAGUGGACACAUUUAAAAUAAGAAAGGAGCCUCUCACU